CUAGGAAAUUGCCCAAUGUAUUUCACGCACAACAAUCAUGAGAAUUCCGAAACAACAUUCCCAAGACAAAGUCUAUGACAAUAAGUAAAGAACCAGUACUUUGCAAACUAGCAACUAGUUUUUGUUACUUGGGAUGGUGAAAGUGAAACCGUUGAAGAAAUGAAAAUGCUUUCGGAAGUUGACCAGCAGUCUCGAGAAAGUAUGGAAAAUAGGCUGAACGCUGCCAAAUGUGACACAACAGGAAGAUUAUGGGCAGGAACAAUGGGAGUAGAAAAAAUAAAUGGUAAUGUUAAACCAAACAUGGGAUCCUUCUAUAGUUAUUCAGACAGAAAACUGAAGAAACAUAUCAAUAAAAUUGGAAUUUCAAAUGACCUAGCUUGGAGUAAGGACAAUAAGAGACUCUUCUAUAUAGAUUCUAUGAAAGGAACUGUUGAUCAGCUCGACUUCGACAUUACUAAUGGGGAAAUUUCAAAUAAAAGAACACUAUUUACCUUUGGCGAAAGUCAGAAGGGAGGCUUACCAGAUGGGAUAGAUGAGGAUGAAAAUUUGUGGGUAGCUUGCUUCAACGGAUACCAAAUUAUCAAAAUCGACUCAAAAAAAACGCCAGAAACGCUCUUAGACACAAUAUCGCUACCAGCCAAAAAGGUUACUUCGGGCUUGGGAGGAGCCAAUUCAGAUGAACUUUAUGUUACUUCCGCAAAAUUUUUGGUAGAUGGCGUUGUUCUGAAUCCUCCAGAUCAUGGAAGUAUUUACAAAAUUUCUGGAUUAGGUACCAAAGGGCUAACUAUGUCGAAUUUCAAAAUUUGAUGGAAAAUUAUUCAGUAUAUUUAUCCAUUGUCCCUCAAUGAAUUUUUUACAUAUCCUAAGUUUAUCAAUAAAGUUAUUAAU